AUGCCUCCUCGCGAACUCCGCUUCCGCCCCGGGUCUUGCGCCCUCCGUCUCAGCAACAUCGAGCGGCUGUCCCCGGAUCAGAAGACGGAACUCGUCCGGUCCGUGGCCAACGACAUCACCGCCGUGUUCAUCUACAUCGCCCGGCAGGCGGAAGCCGGCAACCUGACGACGGCCAACACAGAGCCAAUCAACGACGUCAUCAGCGUCAUCCGCGACACGGAGGUGAAGCAUCGCCAGAAGCUGGAGGACAAGCUGGCGCGGUACGAGCGCGCCGCGCAACGCCGCCGGAGGGAGCGGCGAUGGCUCCGCGUCGAGCUGGGCCGCGUCAUCAGACGCACCAAGGUCGCGGCGGCGAGUUGGAAGACAAAGACGGACGAGUUGACGGCGCGGUUGGCGGAGGCGCAGAAGCGGUUGGCUUUUGUGCAGGAGAAGUAUGAGCUGUUGCUAUCUUCGAAACGACAGGAUCAUCAUCACCAACAGGACGAGAGUGAGAGUGAUAAGAAGGAUGCUGGAAAUGAGAAUUCAGUUCAUCCCAGCUGCGAGGGGGAGGAGGAGAAGGAGAAGAAGAAGAACGAAGCUGAUGUCACCAUUGAAGCGCAGUAG